UGCGCAGCUUCGACUCUCAGAAACACAGCAGACACAAUCGGGGACAUGGGACCGUGAAAGUAUGGCGGAUGCCGAGGAGCCGGAGAAGAAAAGAAGGCGAAUAGAGGACGUGACUGAGAAAAUGGCUGUAGAUGGUGUACACAGGGAUGAUGGUUGCGACUGGGAUGGCCGGUGGAAUCAUGUGAGGAAGUUUUUGGAGAGACCUGGCCCGUUCACCCAUCCGGACUUUGAGCCAAGCACUGAGUCUCUACAGUUCUUGCUGGAGACAUGCAAGAUUCUGGUCAUUGGAGCCGGAGGGCUCGGAUGUGAACUCCUCAAAAAUCUGGCCCUGUCUGGGUUUCGACUUAUUCAUGUGGUUGACAUGGACACAAUUGAUGUUUCCAACCUCAACAGGCAGUUUCUUUUCAGGCCUAAAGAUGUUGGACGACCAAAGGCAGAAGUGGCUGCUGACUUCAUCAACAGUCGUAUCCCUGGAUGUAAAGUUGUCCCUCACUUUAAAAAGAUCCAAGACUUUGAUGACUCUUUCUACAGGCAGUUCCACAUCAUUGUAUGUGGACUGGACUCCAUCAUUGCCAGACGCUGGAUGAACGGGAUGUUGAUAUCCCUCCUGAGCUAUGACGACGGAGUCCUGGACCCCAGCUCCAUCAUCCCUCUCAUUGAUGGAGGAACGGAGGGCUUUAAAGGAAACGCUCGCGUCAUUCUGCCCGGCAUGACUGCAUGCAUCGACUGCACAUUGGAGCUCUACCCGCCACAGAUUAAUUUCCCCAUGUGCACCAUUGCGUCAAUGCCUAGGCUACCAGAACAUUGCAUUGAAUAUGCCAGAAUCUUACAGUGGCCCAAAGAAAAGCCAUUUGGAGAUACCAGCUUAGACGGAGACAGUCCAGAGCACAUCCAGUGGGUGUUUGAAAGAGCCCAAGAAAGAGCUGCAGAGUUUAACAUUACAGGAGUGACAUACAGACUCACUCAAGGAGUUGUGAAGAGGAUCAUUCCCGCUGUGGCAUCAACUAAUGCUGUUAUUGCUGCUGCCUGUGCCACUGAAGUUUUUAAAAUUGCUACGAGCGCGUAUAUUCCUUUAAAUAAUUACCUGGUCUUCAAUGACGUGGAUGGACUGUACACCUACACUUUUGAAGCUGAACGAAAGGAAAAUUGUUCGGCCUGCAGCCAGGUACCUCAGGAUCUCCAGUUUCCUCCUUCUGCCAAAUUACAGGAGGUUUUAGAGUACCUUACAGAGAACGCCUCUCUACAAAUGAAAUCCCCGGCUAUCACCACAACUCUGGAAGGGAAGAAUAAGACGCUGUAUUUGCAGUCUGUUAAGUCCAUUGAGGAACGAACAAGGCCAAACCUCUGCAAGACUUUGAAAGAGCUGGGCUUGUCGGAUGGACAGGAACUAGCCGUAGCCGACGUCACCACGCCCCAGACGGUUCUCUUCAAGCUCAAUUUCACCAACUGAACAUUCAUUACAGCACUGACGUCAGAUCGACCGCAUCUGAAUGCAAACUGGGUCUUGCAUCUUCACUCUGUGAUGUUGCAGUAGCAUAUUUGACAUGAUAAUGUAAAUAAGACGAGUGAGGUCUCGCUUGUGGGAUUGGAUCGGUUGUCAUACGAACAUGGAAUCAUUUAACGGAAUUGUUUUCUAUUAGUACAAUAAGUUUACUUCUUGAUGUACUUGUCCUGUUUUUGACUGCUAUUGUAGUGAUUUCCCUGUCAAUCAUAUGAGAAUAAUGAUGUGCACUAUUCUCUAAUAAAGUUUUAUUAUUAUGGUUGUAGAGGAA